GCGUUCUUGGCGAGACGAAGAUUCUGCAAUUUUGCAUAGACAACGAAGCAUUCCAGCUAGGAUUGCACUCUUGGACUGCCUUAUUUUAUUUUCAGUACUGGGACACAAGAAAAGCCUGCUGCAUUCUUGUAUGAACGUGGAAACUCCUCACACGCUCAUGAAAAAUUACUAACAAUACGAGGAUCCAACCUGUGCUGAUCCCCAACUAACAAGCACCAGGGGGCACCUCUAUUGUCUUUAACAUAAAGAGAGAGAGUCUUGCAAUCUUUCACGGCCUGGUGAAGAAUAGCCCAUGAAAAAAUUGGGCCAUGGCCCAUAUUCGACUUCAUCAACAAUAAGCAAUUAGCCCACAUCUUGAUCUACCUGCUCUCUCUGCUCCCUAGUUCCCUUGGUUCGCCGGAUAAAAGGAAAAAUAAAAAUGGUUGCCGUCUCCCCACUGCUGCAAAGGCGCCUGUUAAGCACCAGCGUGACUAAAACCCACCAUAAACCUCACCAGCAAUGGAGCAUAAAGCAAGUCACAAAAUCAAACUUUGCUGACACUCUUAAGGAUAUAAAAUCCCAUGUCUCCAAUUCUGAUUUUGUGGCCGUGUCCUUGCAAAACACCGGCUCCUUCUCCGCCCCUUGGCAACGCGUCUCCCCUUUUGACACCGCCGACACGGCUUACUUAAAAGCCAAGUAUGCCGCUGAAAGGUUCCAGGUUCUUCAUUUCGCUGUUUGCCCCAUCACUGUCAGGGCUUCUAAAGUCACUGCCUACCCAUAUAAUUUUCACUUGUUCCCAAGAGCUGAACUAAAGAUGGAAAUGCCUUCUUACAGUUUUUAUUGUCAAACCUCGUCUUUGAUAUCUAUGGCUCGCCAAGGUUUUGACUUUAAUUCUUGCAUAAAGGAUGGUAUCUCAUACUUGUCCAGAGAACAAGAAUCUACUGCAAAAAUUCAGAUGGGGAAUCCAAUACUUGCAAAGAAUGUGACAGAAUCCACUUCUACCCUUUCUGUUGCUGAUUCUGUAUUCGUUGAAAGGAUUAAAUCACACAUUAAAAAUUGGAAGAAAGCAUGUAAAGAAACUAGCACAAGGAAAGAAGGCAACCAAAUUCAAGAUGCUCUGGUCAGAUCCCUAAGAAAACUCGUUCUAGGAAAUGAAGAGUAUGAUUCAAGACCGUGCAUGAAUAUAGAUGUUUGCAGCGAACGCCAAGCGCAGCUUGUGGUUGAGCAAAGGGUGGAGCAAUGCAGGCAGUUCGUGUUGUUUUAACAAGUUCAAAGGAGGAUAAAGAUCUUCUGCAGGGAAAGCUUCAAAAUGACGAACAGGAACUAAAGAAAAAGGUCCGUGGCUUUCGAGAGGUGAUCGAUUUGAUAUCUGCUUCUCAGAAGCCUGUUGUCUCGCAUGGUUCCCUUAAUG